AUGGCGCUCGAGUUGGUCACUGUGGUAACCGAGAGCCGGACCGUGGCUGGUUCCUGCCCGGCCUACGCUGAUAGGCUUCGGGCACCGUCAGUCAGCGCGACGGGCGGUGGCGUUGCGCGUGUGGGGCAAAAUGUGGCUUCUGAUAGGUCGGUUCAGCCGCCACUCGACAGUGACGCCAGGAGAGAGGCGGUGGCGGCGGAAGCGGAAGUCGGCGGCGAGGCCGCGGCGGGAGGGAUGAAACCGGCGGCAGGGCCGCGGUGGCGGCCGCUGGGCGCGCUGGUGCUGCUGCUGCUGCUGCCACCGGCGCUGCGGGGGGGUCCAGAUGCCAGGGAGUCGGUCAUCCCGCUCCACGAGGGCCACGUGUACCAUUACGCAGCUUCUCACCGCUUCUGCUACACCAACACACGUAUCCCGCAGUGGCACGACAUAUGGACGAGGAUGCAGAUCCGGGUCAACAGCAGCCGGAUGAUCCGAGUCACCCAGGUGGACAGUGAGGAGGAGCUGGAGGAGUUCGGCGUGUGGAAUGUCGUUUUCUCCUUCCUGAAGGAGAAGCUAAACGACACCAGCAUCGACGUGGAUCUCUACAGCAACAAAACCUGCCUGAAGGUCGAGCUGCUGGAAGCCGGCACCACCUACUGCGUUGUCCUCUUCCGACGCUUCGACCCUAAGCUGUUCCUGGUUUUCUUCCUGGGCCUGCUGUUGUUCUUCUGUGGGGACAUGCUGAGCAGGAGCCAACUCUUCUACUACUCAGCUGGGAUUAGUUUUGGCUUGCUGGCCUCGCUUCUUAUCCUCGUCUACAUGAUGUCCAAGGUCAUGCCCAAGAAAAGUCCUGUCUACUUCCUGCUGGUAGGAGGCUGGUCCUUUUCCCUGUACUUGCUUCAGCUGAUCUUCAAGAACCUACGGGAGAUCUGCAAGUCCUACUGGCAGUACCUCCUAGGUUACCUGCUGCUCGUGGGCUUUGUGAGCUUCGGCGUGUGCUACAGGUACGGCCCGCUGGAGAACGAGCGCAGCAUCAACCUCCUUUCCUGGGCCCUGCAGCUCCUGGGCCUGUUGCUGAUGUACUCGGGCGUCCAGAUCCAUCCCAUCGCCUUGGCCUUGGUGAUCAUCGCCAUCUGCACCAAGAACCUGGACUACCCCAUGCAGUGGGCCUUCGCUGCCUACAGGAGAGUGCAGAGUGCCAGGCUUGGUCCAAGCCAUCCUUGCCUGCUGACAGAGGAGGAGUACCGGAUCCAGGGCGAGGUGGAGACACGCAAGGCCCUCGAGGAACUUCGGAACUACUGCAGAAGCCCAGAUUUCUCUGCCUGGACUGCGGUUUCCCGCAUCCAGUCUCCCAAGAGGUUUGCUGACUUUGUGGGUGGUGCCUGUCACGUCACCCCCAACGAGGUCUCUGUCCAUGAGCGGGAGUACAGCCUGGGCAGCAUCUUCCUUGAGGAUGAGCUCUCUGACGAGGAGGAGGAUGUCUCUGACAAGAAUCACACAAGUUACUCCCUGACCCACAACCACCUGGAUGCCGAUUGAGGUCAACUGCCCCAGGCCCAUGGAGGUGAGGGGCAGAACUCCUGGUUCCCCACUGCCCUGAUGCCUGCAGAACACAAAGCACGUCUGCUCCCAGCACCCCCGAUCCCAGCCCGAGCUGGGCUGCAGUGAACACUGUACCAGAGGCUGGUGGGAGGACAAAGGGGGGGCAACACUCUCAGCCUCCCCAGGCAGCUCCUGCCAGGCUCAGCCGCAAAAGCUUUUGUCAGCACAGCCCUGAGUGUUUCCAGGGGAGACACAGGGAGCUCAUCUCGGCUGGGGACCGCAGGGCAGGCGAGGUCUGCGCUGCCGACAAGUUGUGGGAUGCUGCUCCUGUCUGAAGGUGGACUGGAGCUACCCUGGCUUUUAGUGUGGGUGCUUGUGAGCUCCCAGUGCGUGAAUUGUAGGGGCAGGGACCUCUUGCCCAGGCCUGGGCACUGCUCUGGCUCCCAUGUGCACCCUGAGCCCCGUCCCUCAGCGUCGCCACUCUGCCAGCAGACGGGAGCCCCUUUUCCCCAUCCUGCUGCCUCUGGGCUGCUGGGUACCCAGGCUCGGCCGGGAGCAUCUCUGCCUGCUGGGGUAGGGAUGAAGUGAAAACAUCUGUCUUGCGUUCAGGUGCCUGUGAGAGUGAUGUGUAUGAGAGGAACUUUGGACCUGUCCCACCGCUACCUGCGUGCUCAGCAUCUGCCUGCUGCCAGGCUGCUGUGGGGAGGGAGCAGGCAGCGGGUGACCUGCUGCUGCCCCUCCUGCUCUUACCAAAGAUGCCCGAGGGCUCCGCUGGUUGGGCUGUGUCUCUGCCUCGGCCUAAAUCCCGCGUGGAUACCAGAAACCCCAGCGUCUGCCUGAUGGAGAUGUGGCUCUGCCGGCCCCUCCGCAUGCAUGUCACGGAGCUGGGGAGAAAGCAGCCUUGAAGUCUGUAGCCCCUCGCCCCACUCCCUCCCCCUCAGCGCUGUGUUGUGGCGGAGGCUGUGCUCAGCCUGCCUCUGCCAGGCAGUUCCUGAGCUGAGGAUGAAUGUGGACGUGCUUCCUCCUCCCUGCCUUGCUGGCAGCUAGGUGCUGGCUGCUCCCUGUCCCCUUGAAGCUGGUGCCCUCUGCCCUGAACCUGCUUCUCUGUGGGUCCCAUCCCCACCGGGCUCCUCUCCCGGCUGCUGCGGGCAGGGGAGGGGGAUGGCCCUGCCUGUUCUUGCUCCCUGCGCUGGGAGCAGGGCUCUGCUCCCUGGCAGCCAGCUCAGUGCCACUGGUCCUCGGCCUCGCAGAAGCACAAGGCUGGAGGGGACGCCCCGAUCUAUGCAACUUUCUAAGCAAUAAAGCUGCCCCUCUGGGGCCUGGGCUCCCCCAGCCCAUACCUUGUCUGUGCCACUGCUGGAGUUUUUGCCAUUGGUUUCUUUCUGUCCCAGGUUUACUCCCCUGCCCUCGCUGCGCUUUCCCCCCCAUGCUCUGGUGUGAGCAGCCUCUAUUAUUGCAUCUCUCCAUCCCCUCUAUGUGGUUAAAGACUGACUAUAUUUUCAAUAAAGAUGUAUUUUGUAGGUAA